CUGCCGCUCGCUCCUGUGGUCCGCGCGGCGCCGCGCCCGGCCGGCGCCUCCGCUUCCAGCCAAGAUGGCGGAGAGCUGCGAGGCUCUGGGCACGGUCCCGGAGCACGAGCGGAUCUUGCAGGAGAUCGAAAGCACCGACACCGCCUGCGUAGGGCCCACCCUCCGAUCUGUGUAUGAUGAUCAGCCAAACGCACACAAGAAGUUUAUGGAAAAGCUAGACGCUUGUAUCCGCAAUCAUGACAAGGAAAUUGAAAAAAUGUGUAACUUCCAUCACCAGGGCUUUGUGGAUGCGAUCACGGAGCUCCUCAAAGUAAGGGCAGAUGCGGAAAAACUGAAGGUGCAGGUUACUGAUACCAACCGAAGGUUUCAAGAUGCAGGAAAAGAGGUGAUACUCCAAACAGAAGAUAUUAUUCGGUGUAGAAUUCAGCAGAGAAAUAUUACAACUGUAGUAGAGAAGUUACAGUUAUGCCUCCCAGUGUUGGAGAUGUACAGUAAGCUGAAGGAACAGAUGAGCAUGAAAAGGUAUUACUCCGCACUUAAAACAAUGGAACAGCUAGAGAAUGUGUACUUUCCCCGGGUCAGCCAGUACCGCUUCUGCCAGCUCAUGAUGGAGACACUCCCUAAACUCCGGGAAGACAUCAAAGACAUCUCCAUGUCUGAUCUCAAGGACUUUCUGGAAAGCAUCCGAAAGCAUUCUGACAAAAUAGGUGAAGCAGCCAUGAAGCAGGCACAACAGCAGAAGAGCUUCAGUGUUGCUCUGCAGAAGCAAAAUAAUAUGAGGUUUGGGAAAAAUAUGCAUGUAAAUAAUGACAGGAUUCUAGAAGAGAAGAACGAUGUUAUACCGAAGCACGCACUUGAAGAGGAGGCGGAGAACGAUGAGGAGGUCUUAACUGUUCAAGAUCUCGUUGAUUUUUCCCCCGUUUACCGAUGCUUGCACAUUUAUUCUGCUUUGGGUGAUGAAGAAACAUUUGAAAAUUAUUACCGGAAGCAAAGGAAGAAGCAGGCACGCCUGGUUCUGCAGCCGCAGUCGAGUGUGCAUGAAACAGUUGAUGGCUAUAGAAGAUAUUUCACUCAAAUUGUAGGGUUCUUUGUUGUGGAAGAUCACAUUUUACACGUGACCCAAGGAUUAGUAACCAGGGUAUACACUGAAGAACUCUGGAGCAUGGCCCUCUCAAAGAUAAUUGCUGUCCUCAGAGCUCACUCAUCUUACUGCACUGACCCUGACCUUGUUCUGGAGCUGAAGAAUCUCAUCGUAGUUUUUGCAGACACUCUGCAGGGUUAUGGCUUUCCAGUCAACCGACUCUUUGACCUUUUAUUUGAAAUAAGAGAUCAAUAUAAUGAAACUCUGCUGAAGAAGUGGGCUGGUAUUUUCAGGGACAUUUUUGAAGAGGAUAAUUACAGCCCCAUCCCUAUUGGCAGUGAAGAAGAAUAUAAAGUGGUCAUCAGUAGAUUCCCCUUUCAGGAUCCAGACCUCGAAAAGCAAUCUUUCCCAAAGAAGUUUCCUAUGUCCCAGUCCGUGCCUCUUAUUUAUAUUCAAGUUAAAGAAUUUAUUUAUGCCAGUCUUAAAUUUUCAGAGUCGCUACACCGAAGCUCAACAGAAAUAGAUGACAUGCUUAGGAAAUCAACCAAUCUGCUGCUGACCAGGAUUCUGAGUAGCUGUUUACUGAACCUUAUUAGAAAACCUCAUAUAGGUUUGACAGAGCUGGUGCAAAUUAUCAUAAACACAACACACCUGGAACAAGCUUGCAAAUACCUAGAGGACUUUAUAACUAACAUUACAAAUAUUUCUCAAGAAACCGUUCACACCACAAGACUUUAUGGACUUUCUACUUUUAAGGAUGCUCGACAUGCAGCAGAAGGAGAAAUAUAUACCAAACUCAAUCAAAAAAUUGAUGAAUUUGUUCAGCUGGCUGAUUAUGACUGGACCAUGGCUGAGUCGGAUGGGAGAGCAAGUGGUUAUUUAAUGGAUCUUAUUAAUUUUCUGAGGAGCAUCUUUCAAGUGUUUACCCAUUUGCCUGGGAAAGUUGCCCAGACAGCUUGCAUGUCAGCCUGCCAACAUCUAUCCACAUCCUUAAUGCAGAUGCUACUGGACAGUGAGUUAAAGCAGAUCAGCAUGGGAGCCGUGCAGCAGUUUAACCUCGAUGUCAUACAGUGCGAACUGUUUGCCAGCUCUGAGCCUGUGCCAGGAUUCCAAGGGGACACCCUGCAGCUGGCCUUCAUUGACCUCAGACAGCUCCUUGACCUGUUUAUGGUUUGGGAUUGGUCUACUUACCUGGCUGACUACGGACAGCCGGCUUCCAAGUACCUCCGAGUGAACCCGCACGCGGCCCUCACUCUUUUGGAGAAGAUGAAGGACACCAACAAGAAGAAUAACAUAUUCGCCCAGUUCCGGAAGAAUGACAGAGACAGACAGAAGCUGAUAGAGACAGUGGUGAGACAGCUCAGAGGCUUGGUGACUGGUAUGUCCCAGCACACAUAGACCAGACCCAUGCCUGAGUGCUUCUCUGUGGCCAGCACUGGUCGUGAGACAUUAACUUGUUUACAGAAGCCAAAAACUGUAGUAGAGGAAAGACACUGAUGAGGGCUUAAGCAAUGGCAGCAAACAUCAUUUGUAUGGAUUUUUAAAUGACUGGUUACUGUUUUAUAUAUAAAAAUAUAACAGCUUUUUUCAAUUUUAGAAGAAAAGUCAAAAGUGUAAUAUAUAAUCCCAAUAAAUUGUGUACAAAACUGAUUACAAAUAUUAGAAAAACAUGUCUCUGCUUGCAUUUUUUUUCUCCUAUUUAAGCUUGAAGGAGUUUCUGUUUGUGUGGGUUAUAGUUUGGGACACAGCCACUGCUGAUAAGGAAAUACUGCUGUUAUUAGACUUUUAGCUUCUAGCUUCACCUGAGUGUGGCUUACAUGGAUGGCCCAGGAGUAUUAGUUCUGCAGGGUCUGAGAGAGUAAGCACAGAGAUCUUGAAAGUUCCUGAAGUCAGGCUCAGGUCUUCAGGACAGUAAAUUAUUUGUUCUACUUAGAUAGGUUAAUCAUUCUGAAAAUGAAGAAGAAGGUUUGGAUUCCCUAAAGAUGAAGUGUUGUUUUGAUCAUUGAAGUUAAUAUUUCUGUCUGUACCUUUUGUAGCUGACCCCAUUUUUUAAAGUUUUAGUUUGGUUUAAGUUAAAGAGAAGAAGGCAGUAAAAGGGGCUGAUCUGUCAGGUAUAGCCUCUUCCUGUUAGACAUGUUCUUCCUACAGAAUGAAAUCACGACAGGGUUCAGGUCAACGCUAUUCAGACAGAAGAUCUCAGUGCUGUGGAAACAAACUGGAUCAACUGAACUCUGAAAACCCACCCAGCACACGUACAUUUUCCUUUGGAUAAAUCACAGUGACACAAAUGUGUAAACCUGACCUCUGUUUUCUCGCCAUUGUAAUCAUGCUGAAGUACACCCUUUGCAUAUUCCGGAUUUAUGCUUGUAAGAUGACCUGACUCUGUAAAAUAAGUGUGAAGAGCUAUGCUCACAUGUCUGGAUUUUGUGAUAAAAUAUUAAAAAGGUUGUGAGUUGUUGAAGA